UAUUUCUCACGUGACCAUGUUUACCAAAAUGGCCGCCAGGGAGGUUUAGCCUUUGCAGAUUCUGGAAUAAUAUUCGUAUUUUGGGGGUAUUUCGUGAUCUAUAAGAACUAGGAAUAACGCGAAAAUGGUGAUAAGUUAGAAUAUACUGAGAGAAGGUGUCCGUAGUCUUCGGGCUUUCGGCCCGACUCCAGCAAGGCGGGGUGAACGACACUGUACCCUUUAAUGGAGAAAGCAGUUCCAUAAGGUGUUUGGUGUCCGUUUUCAUGGUGUGACACUUCAGUUUGAAAAUGGCUACUCAAGCCGAUUAUCAGUGGGCGUACUCCAUCAUGGAUUCCUCAAGAGUAUCAACUUUUCUAAUAUCCAUCUUACUUAUUGUGUAUGGAAGCUUCAGAUCACUUAAUAUGGAACAAGAAGCUCGAGAAAGAGAAAAAGAAAGAGAGAAAACUGUUGGUCUGACUGGUAUUGCAACAAAUAGUUCAUCUGCUGAAAACAUAUUGUUCUUUGCAGGAGUGCAAACUUUAGACACAAUGCAAGCCUUGUGUCUUCCACUCGGAGCCUCUGUUUCCCUUCUUGUGAUGUUCUUCUUUUUUGAUUCUAUGCAAAUGCUCUUUGCUAUUUGUACAGCAAUUAUUGCUACAGUAGCAUUGGCUUUCUUACUUUUGCCUAUGUGUCAGUACAUCAUUAGACCAUGUUCGGAUGGUAACAAAAUAUCAUUUGGAGUAUGUGGUCGCUUCACUGGUGCUGAACUGUUAUCAUUCUCACUAGCACUUUUCAUAGUUUGCAUUUGGGUUUUGACCGGACACUGGCUUCUUAUGGAUGCUAUGGGCAUGGGUCUUUGUGUCGCUUUGAUCGCAUUUGUAAGACUGCCAAGCCUCAAAGUUUCAACCCUUUUGCUCACUGGUCUUCUCAUUUAUGACGUCUUUUGGGUUUUCUUUUCAUCCUACAUCUUCAACACUAAUGUGAUGGUCAAGGUAGCAACUCGGCCCGCUGAAAAUCCAGUUGGCAUUGUUGCUCGAAAACUUCAUCUUGGAGGAAUUGUGAAGGAAGCUCCAAAACUCUCUCUGCCUGGGAAAUUGGUGUUCCCUAGCCUUCAGAAUUCCGGUCACUUUUCGAUGCUGGGCUUAGGAGAUAUUGUUAUGCCGGGGCUUCUGCUCUGUUUUGUUUUAAGGUAUGAUGCCUACAAAAAAUCUCAGUUAUUACAUUUAGGGGAGACUGGACUCCCACCUCCAAGACAUCUGAGCAAAGUGAGCUACUUCCACUGCUCACUUAUUGGAUACUUUCUGGGACUGCUGACGGCGACAGUAUCAGCUGAGGUGUUCAAAGCUGCACAGCCAGCUCUUCUUUAUCUUGUACCUUUCACGCUGCUGCCACUGCUUACUAUGGCAUACUUGAAGGGUGAUUUGAGACGAAUGUGGAGUGAACCUUUUAUUGUACAUUCACCUUCAAAGCACAUGGAAGUUUGACAGCAGAACAUUGUAAAUUUAGCUUAUAUUAAUUAUUUCCAACAAAUAUUAGUGCUCGUAAGUACUGCAUUCAUCUGUCACGUCUUGUUCAACAUUCUAUAUCAUGACCUUUAUGUUUAAUUAUCAACCUUCCUGUUUUCAUCAUUUCCAUAAUCUUCAUAGUAAUCAUCCAUUUUCACACGUAUAAAAGUCUUAGUGUAAUUGAUACAGUGAUCAGUAUCUUAUGUAUUAACAUAUUACUGCAGAUUGUGAAUACUUGUACUUCUUAAUAGUAUAGGUGUGUUUGUGUUAAAGUUGGUAUCUUAUCUGAGUACCAUUUAAUUAACAUAUUGAUUAAAUGUUGAUUGUUGAAGAACAUGAAUGGUUGCUAAUGAUUGAUUUAUUUUGUCAUGGUUGACAUUAGCAGUCAUUGAUGUUUCUAUUGUUGAAAGUGCAAUUGACAUGCUGUUGUUCAUUCAAGGAAUGUGUACAAAAUAUUAAGAAUGUAUCUGAAUUAGAAAGCACCUGUAUUAUUUGACAAAUACUGGCAACCUGAUGCGCCUAUUAGCUGUUGGCAAUGUGGGUCAGUGACAGUAUUGUGAAAUGUAUUCUGUCACUUCAUCCACUGCCUCUGUGAUUUUAGUGGGUUUCUUGAGACACCCAGUACUCUUAUAGUAAUUAUUAUUACCAGUUUUUUUUUCUUUGUGUUUAAUUAUUUUGUCAGAUUGUGAUGUGAUUUUUUUGUUUUAAUGUGAAGUAAACUUUUACUUUUCUGUUGAAGUAUGGAAGGUGGUGAUGGUCGCAAAAUCUUUCAUUGUUGUGUGAUAUGAUAUGGUGUUAACUUUGAAGCGGAUAGAGAUGUGAAGCCUGCAUUAUUUAUCCACCAGUAUGGGCUUUAUUUAAGUUGAGGAAAAUUCAAAUUUAUAUUUCAUGUUUCAAUCUCUGCAUUUAUUUUUUUAGAUGCAGUGUACUAACACUGACCUGUACUUUUUCUGUUGAAGUUACCAAAGCAUUCAUUUUGAAAACAAACAAAAGUUUCCCAGACUUUGUUUUUGUAGUGUUGAACUAUAGACAUAUAACAUGGACUUUUGCAUCUUGAUGUCUUAUUAUUUUAUCAACAAACAAUAUCUUUGUUAAACAUGUACAUUAACUGUACCUUUCAUCCAUAUCUUAUACACUGGCACUCAUGGUUAAUUUCAGCAAUCAAUUUAUUUAAAAUUAAAAUUUUUGUUUUCCCUGAUGUUUGUUUGGCUCAUAUUUGGGUUACGUAAGGCACGUCUUUUGCUUGCUAUUUUAACCCUAAUGAAGUGAUACUAAUGUUUAGUGCAAUUGUGCUUGUGUUUCAUGCAACCUAGUUAAGUGGGAAAAUAUCUUUCAAGUUUCCAAUUUCUUUUAAACAAGAAGAAGAGGAAAAUAACCAGCUUGCAAACUUAACUUUUCAUUUACUACAACACAUUUUCUUUAACAUUUCAGUGUCAUGCUAUGAUACAUAAUACAGCCACAUCUCAUUCAAAUAGGAUUUCUCUUUAUCUUCAUGUUGAUUUACUAGACAUGCUUGUAAGCUAAGCUCAUUCUUCCAGUUUGGAGAGUUUUGCCCACUAAGAUUUAAAUCAACUCGGUGAUAUGUCACAUGAUUGAGAAGCCUCGUUACAUUAUUCAAAAGCAGACUUUUGUAUAAUAAAGUGGAUAGUAAUAGGAUGGUCCCGUAAUGUUGUCUGUUCUACCCUAGUAAAUGUUGCUUCUCGGAUGUAAAAGGAGAUAAGUCUGUGAGUUUCAUUCUUUUCUUUUUUUUCUCUGUUUUAGAAGGAAUAUGAGACCAAUAUGACUGUUUUAUAUUCUCUUAGGUCUCAAAGUGUGUAUUUAAAAGGAAACAAUUGUUCUUAUAAAAGCAGGUCUUAUUCUUUCCAUCUGUGCAUACUUCAGUACAAUUUUCUAAGGGCAAUAUUUAAAUCCAUCUAAAUUUUUCAAGUAUAAUCUAUGGUUUGGUUGAAAGAUUGUCCGUUUUCCACUGGUUUCUUGGAAUUUGAAAUCUUUUAAGAGAAAAGGGAAAAUUUGUUUUUGUGCUCAAAGGGACCAAGAAAUUGCAUUGGUUCUUGUACGAGUGCCUCUUGUUUUUGGUUACUUUUUUUUUAUUAUUUACUUUUUGUUCUUUAUUGGUAUAGAUUUCAUUUUUAUGAUUUGGUGCUAAGCCUUGAAGCAUUGUGUAAGCAGAUCAUUGUACACUUGUUGCCUUUGGUGUAUUAGAAAAUAUGAAAACUUCUUAUUCUGCAUUCACAAAAGUGCACAGAUGCAUAGUGUGCCAAACUGUUGUAUGUGACUGAGUUACUUAUUUGGCAUUAAUCUAAGGAGUCAGCUAGUAGUCUUGCUAGGCAUUAUUCGUAAUACCGCCAAUCAUGUAGUUAUUUGCAUAAGAACAACAAGAAAAUGAGUUUCUAAAGCACUGCCUGUUUGAAAGCUCUUCAGUUAUGUUUUAGUUGGGCAGUUAUGCUAUACAUGCUGCUUCAUCAAUGUACUUUUUUUUCACUAAGCAAUCAAUCUGACGUACUACUGUGAUCAGUAAUGAUAAAAUUAUUCUUAUGUGAGGAUUUUUUCUUUAAUCUGUUCCUUAAACACUUAAAUGUACUAGAAAUUUGAAUCUCAAGUUGUGAGCAAUGAUGCUGAAUUACUAGCAAGCAAUUACAUUAGAUAUGUAAUUGAUAAUGUUAGCUCUUCUCUAUUACUUAAUAAUUUUGAAAUGUUGCCAUGAUGGUCAAUGUGUUAACAUUAUUAAAAUAUGAAUGUAUGAACUUUCUGUUUGAACCAGAAGUAUUUUUUUGGUUUAACAUGUAGAAAGUUAUUGCUGCUUGCAUAUUUGUUUUUCACCUGUUUGUGUCUACAUAAUGAUAACUGUUUGUUAAAAUGCUAAAGAAAAUUCUAACCAGUGGGUGAUACACACCACCAAAGCUGUUACAACCUGUUGUUAAUUUGCUUUAUCUUAACACAAUCUAGGAUAGGAAACAAUUUUUUUUUUUUUUGUAGCCUCCUCCCCUUUUCCCUCUUAAAGCAUUUUCUUUAUUUCCCCCUUUUCUUAAAGUUGGUGGCCUCAACUUUGGUGUUCUCUGUCUCAGUAUAAUAAUCUAAGGAACUAUGAGAAUGGGGGUGGUAGAAAAGUUCCUGAUUCCCACAGGGAUGGUUAAAGUUACAAUAGCUUUGCCAUGGGUCAUUAAGAAGUAAAUUUCUUCGCACAUUUUAGCACAAGUGUCUUCGAGUAUAGCACUGAAAGUACUAUCUGAUCCUCUCUUGUAGGUAUCAAUUUCACUCCUUUGAGGUGCUGGCUGGAGCAGGGGUUGUAUAAAGUCAAUUACUUGCCAUGGUACAGGGCACCAAUUAUUUUUUUUCCCAUUCUGGCGUUUGGUUGGUUUCCAAAUUAUUGCAGCUAUUUUAAUGUUACUGUGUUCUAUGUGACUCAGCUUGUAAAUUUCCUCUGAUUGUAACUGAUUUCUUUAUUAUUUUGUCUAGGGAUGUGUGUAUGUAUGUGUGUGUGUGGUUAUAGUCAAUGAAAGUCUUCCAGAACCAAUCUCGCUGUGGCAUUUGCCAAUUUCUGAACACAAUCAUCUUCAGAAGAAGCCUUUCUCUUGCCAACCUACAAUUAUUUCUGAAAUGCUAUUGCACCCAAGAUCAAUCAACCAGACCCAUUUAAUUUUCAUUUUAGGAAUUUUUUUAUAGUAUAAGUAUUUCUCUGCUUGAUAAAUUGUAUUUUGACCUGUGUUCCUAUUCAUCAUCCAUCAUCAUUAUCAUUGCAUGUAACUGUUAAUUUUAAUUUGAUUUUCUCUCGUCCAAUUUUUGUUUUGUAGUUUCUGUAGCCAUGGCAUCUGCUAACUAACAGGAGACUCUGAAAAUACAACAGUAGGACUGCCUCUGGAAGAAAAUGUCCUACUGUUGCAAACAUAGGAGAUUUUGCCCUACGAUUGCAUCAGUGGGACUUUCCUUGGAACUUCAGAGUACUUCCACCCAUUGAAAAAAUUUACAGUUAACUUUGCUUGAUUCUGCACAGCUCAUGCCUCUGUGAUUACUCAGCACAUCACAUAUUUGCACUGCUAUCCAUGCCCGUCCCAAUGGAAAUGUAGUAACUAAAAUUAGAUAUGUAGUGAGCGAGUCUGUAAUGUUACAAUUAUGAUGUGUUUGAACUUUCUGUGGAAAUGAUGUGUGGUUGUGAAAAUGAAACAAAGACUAUAUACUUAUGUUCUAGAUUCGUAGAUUUUUCUUACCUGAAUUCAUCUUAUUGCUGCUGAUAUGACCCCACCACCUCUUUGCGUUCCUUUAAUUCUUUCUUUCUUACCCCUGAAUCUUCAGUUUUCAACUGUCUUUUGUACAGAUAUUUUAUGUUGCAAUUUAUUGUAGUGAUAUAUUUGUAAAUAAAUCUCAGGAUUUGUAAAGAAA